CCUACCUGUUUGAACCUACUGACGUCACGAUGUCUGAACUCCAAGGUGACUGCCAUCAAAGUCAUCGAGGCGUCCAUGGCCCAGGCGUGGACCCUCAUGGCGGCCGACGGCAAGGUCAAGGUCUUGCACCUCAUUCGCGACCCCAGGGGCGUGAUCAACUCGAGAAAACUCUUCGGCAUUCGUUACUCUUUCGACCCCGCAUACAUCCAAAGUGUCUGUUUGCGCGUGCUGGAGGACAUAAACACUUCUCUAACCCUGUCCAAGAUGUUCCCCGGUCGAAUUUUAACCGUUCGGUACGAGGAUAUCGUCAGCGAGCCCAUAACGGCCACCCAGCAAAUGUACGAGCUCGUGGGGCUCCGCGUCAGUCCGCGCGUGAAAAAACUGAUCUGGGACAUGACGUCUGCGGGGUUUCCCGACGACUGCAACGUCUGUCCGGUGCGCAGCAACGCCACGGAGACCGCCAGAAACUGGAGACGGAAGCUCGACUUCCCGACAGUCGCCGCGAUACAGGGAGAAUGUCAGACGCUGCUCGUUCGUAUGGGAUACAGGAUUUUCAGGAGCGAAGAUGAGCUGAGAGACUUCGACGUGUCUUCGACAUUUGGCGAGUACGACUCUAGAGUGAUGAAAGUCAACGUGAAAAGUAUUAAGUUGAAGUAAACAUUGGGCAGAAAAUAGUUCGUUCUCCACUUUAUGUUGAAAUAUGAUCAAAGCUGAUCAUUUGAUGCAGCCGAUGUCAGAAUCGGUUGACCAACUUGUCCCAUAUACCGGCAACGCGAUGCAGCGUGUUUAACGCACUGAGCAGAAUUUGUUAGUGGGUAAUAGCUAAAUCUAUAGUCCAAUUCAUCCGCGGCACUUGUUUCAGAAAUGGAG